AGUGGGCCGCAAAAAGAGUGUUGACACGUGUCAGAACAUUUGGUGUUUUUAUGGGAAUUUUUUUUUUUAUUAAAGUAGCAAACAAAACGUAAUCCGGGCGACCACUGCUGGAAAACGGAUCGAAUCGCUGACGGGAGGCGGCGAAUUCAUUAAUAAAGUAGAAUAGCAAAAAGUAAGGAGGUUGAGACACCAGCAGCUGCUUCGUGGCAGCGGAGUACCGAGCACAUCCACAUACCAAAUAGCCAGCCCAGCCCCGCCGAAACCAUGGUGGCCACCAAAAGUCCAACACAUAUCCGGUACAACAGCAGUCCGGCAGGCAUCCUACUGGUCUCCACCCUUCUGGUGGCCCUGAUGCAGUGCACCAGCGCCGUGGAGUUCACUUUCGACCUGGCGGACAAUGCCGAAGACUGUUUCUACGAGGAGAUCACCCGCAACACCAGCGCCUACUUCGAGUUCCAGGUCUCUGCCGGUGGCCAGCUGGACGUCGACGUCCAUCUGAAGGAUCCGCAGGGCAAGGUUAUCUAUAAGCAGGAGAAGGCCACCUUCGACAGCUACCAGUUCGUGGCGGAGCUAACUGGCGUGUACACUGCCUGCUUCGGCAACCAGUUCUCGGCCUUCUCGCAUAAGAUCGUCUACGUGGACUUCCAGGUGGGUGAGGAGGCGGCUCUGCCGGGCGUCGAUGAGCACGCUACGGUGCUCACCCAGAUGGAGACCUCGUCGCAGGCCAUUCACAAGGGCCUGAACGACAUCCUCGACGCACAGACGCAUCACCGUCUCCGCGAGGCGCAGGGCCGCAAGCGCGCGGAGGAUCUCAACUCGCGGGUGAUGGUCUGGUCAUCGCUGGAGACGGCCGCCGUAGUGCUGAUCGGUCUGGUUCAGAUCCUGGUGCUGCGCAACUUCUUCACGGACCGCAAGCCCAGCCAGGCCCACUACGGUCGCCUGUAAAAGGGCACUCCCCUUUUAGCAAUAGCAGUUAGAAUCAUGAUGGAGGAUUAGGAGCAUCGGGAAACAUCAGCAGGAGGAUUAGCAACAGAAACAGCAGUGCCGCAUCUCAAUCUUAAUUUUUCGACAUUUGUUUAAGACCUGGCGUUGGGAGGACCACUCUCGGCUCAACGUAUCCAUUCCCUUGGGCGUUUCUUUUUGGUGUAACCUGGCCCCUGACAUUUAAUAUUAUUUUGUUGAGACCCCACCCGAAAACAGAAACAGUUUUUUUUUUGUGUAAAAUACAUGCAAAUGCAACCAUAACUCUGAUAGCUAAAACUA